AUGAAAAGUGCUCAAAAUACGUAUGUUUAUCGAAUGCUUGGCACGUUUUACAGCACUAAAUAAAUAUAAACAGAAAUAGUGAAUUUUGUCAAAAGCAAAUAAAUUUUUAAACAAAUGGCUGAUGAAGUUAUUGUCGAUGCUUUGCCUUAUAUAGAUCAUGGCUAUGACGAUGUGGGCGUCAGAGAAUCGGCGAUGGCUAUGGUCGAGGAGGAAUGCCGGCGCUACAGACCCACCAAGAACUACCUGGAUCACCUGCCACUGCCAACGAAUACACCAUUUGAGACGCCGCUGAUGAUCAAUGAAUUUGAACGCAUACAGAAUCGUUUGCCUAUGGAGACGCUCUCCAUGAAGCGUUACGAACUGCCGCCGCCACCUUCGGGCAAGUUAUCCGAGGUCUCUGCCUGGCAAGAGUCUAUUGAGAACUCAAUGGCACAGCUGGAGCAUCAAUGGGUGCGUUCAUUAAAUCUUGAGCUUAUGCUGGACUACGGCACUGAAGCCUGGAAAUCCUAUCUGGAAGUGUUUACAGCGAUGCAGGCUAAAGCUCAGCUUCAGCUGCAGCAGCUGAAAAAGGAUAUGCAGGAUGUUAACUGGCAGCGUAAACAGGCCCAAACACAGGCGGGUGAGAAGCUGCGCGCUCUAGAGGCACACUGGGUGCUCCUCGUAUCCAAGAACUAUGAAAUUGAAACUGAAUGCGUCGAGCUGGAGAAAGUCAUUAAAGCGGCACGUGAGCAACUCGAGCAGCUGACGCCUUCAAGCGAAGUGCAGUUACCACAGACGGAGCAUAUUAAUGGCCAUGCAACAAGAGGCGACAGCAAUGGCACCAAUAGCAAUGAUGUGGAUGACGCUGCUGCCGGGAAUGAGGAUGAGACGACAAAUGAUGCGUAGUUUUUUUUAUUAUAAUUUGUACAAUUUAAAUACAUAUAUAUUGAGUCAUAUAA